ACAGAACAGGAGGACGCAGGGCUGGGUGAGGGACUCGCGCAGUGGCCGGGGGUCCUCCCAGGGCACUGUGCUCCACAUGUGCUUGGGAGCAGGGGCUAACUUGCCUCAAGAAAUUGUCAGUAAGGGAUAUUUUGAUGAGACGCCCAGGGAAACAGAACAUACAGGGCGAGGAGGGGCUUACAUCAUGCCCUGUAGCAGGGUCAGUGUUUAGAAAUGACCAGCCUCACGAUGAGCUUCUAAAGUGAGUCGGUGUAAUUACGAAGGACAAACUGGCGCCUGGAUUUUCAUCUCAGGAGUCAAGUGUGAGCCAGGCUGAAGAGGAGGUUAAGAGCCUUCUAGCAUGCAGAGAUUUCUGUGUGAUUUUCCUCUAAGACACACCCGCAGAGAUCAGAAAGGAUUAGGGCACUCUUGGUCGACGGAUUCCAGUUUCAUUUCUGAAUUACUGGAGCCAAAAUUUCAGCUCCACCCAACUUGUGGUUGCGGAAAUAAAGCUGGAGCCCUGUCCCCUCCUGGGCUCUCAGUGACGGACAGGAGGAAAGGACAGAGUCAGACUCGCUGGGCGGUGGGCGAUGGCGGGGCUGAGCCUCCGUCAGUCCGUGGAGCUGAACGACGGACACUCCAUGCCGGUGCUGGGAUUCGGCACUUACGCUUCUGACGACACUCCGAAGAGCAAGGCUGGAGAGGCCACCAAAGUGGCAAUUGAGGUUGGUUUCCGUCACAUCGACUCAGCGUACUUGUAUCAAAAUGAGGAGGAGGUUGGAGCCGCCAUUCGAGAGAAGAUUGCUGAUGGUUCCGUGAAGAGAGAGGACAUAUUCUACACCACCAAGGUUUGGAGCACGUUCUUUCGACCAGAAUUGGUGCGACCAGCCCUGGAAAGGUCUCUGCAGAAACUUGGACUGGCCCACGUGGAUCUCUUCCUCAUGCACGUGCCGUUUGCUUUCAAGCCGGGGGAGGAGUUGCUGCCAAAGGAUGCCGACGGGAAGGUGAUGCUGGAGACGGUGGACAUUCGGGACACAUGGGAGGCCCUGGAGCAGUGUAAAGACUUGGGUUUAACCAAGUCCAUUGGGGUGUCCAAUUUCAACCACAAGCAGCUGCAAAUGAUCCUGGACAAGCCGGGGCUCAAGUACAAGCCCACCUGCAACCAGGUGGAAUGUCACCUCUACCUCAACCAGAGCAAACUCCUGCAGUUCUGCCAGUCCAAGGACAUCGUCCUGGUCGCCUACAGUGUCCUGGGGUCCCACAGAGACCCAAAGUGGGUGGACAGUGACAGCCCACAUCUCUUGGAGGAGCCGGUCUUGAAGGCCAUUGCCAAGAAGCACCAUCGGAGCCCAGGCCAGGUAGCCCUGCGCUACCACCUGCAGCGGGGUAUGGUGGUCCUGGCCAAGAGCUUCAAUGAGCAGAGAAUCAAAGAGAACUUCCAGGUUUUUGACUUUGAGCUGACUCCUGAGGACAUGAAGGCCCUGGACAGCCUCAACAGAAAUUUCCACUAUAGUACAUUCCAAUUUGCUGUCAACCACCCUUAUUAUCCAUUUUCGGAAGAAUAUUGACCGUCAGCCAUGGAAUGUGACUGCCGGAAGUCCCCGCGUCUCGGCUGUGGGGAGAGGACACCUGUCGCUGGCGGAGGGGAUUAGAAAGCAGUGUUUGUAGUUUCUGGUUGCUUGCCCUUCAUUUCUCUUUCAUUUUAUGAAAUAAUAGAGACGUCAACAUGAGGUUCAUUGUUUUUCCCGUUUAUUAAAAUAAUACACAUAAUUACAAAAAACUCAGAAAAUGAAAAAGAAAAGAUAGAGAAUAAAAAUAGCCUAUAGUUCUCCCAUUCAAAAAUAUUUAGUAUUUGUUGUAUUUUCCUUCAUGAUUUUCCUAUGCGAAGGUACGUGUUUGUUUUUCCGAGAGUUUUUGUGAACUUGAAAUCCUCUUUGACAGGCAGCUUGUAUCCUUUUAUUUCCAUAAGUAUGUUUCCAAACUGUUAAAUAUUUAUUUUAAAAAUUCUAGAAUUAUAUCCGUUGCUUGAAAACAGUGCAUCUUAUUAAUUAACUUAGUUUCUUGAUCAUCUUCACACCUUUGGGCAGGUUUAUUAGUUUUUGCAUAUUGAAACACCCAUUUAUUCAUUCAACAAAACUCUACUGAACAUGCUAUGUCAUGCUAUGCCAACCUGUAAAGUAAGCAAAAAUAAAGUGAAAUGACAUAAAAAAA